UCUCUGAUCCAUUGCUUCAGUAGAUGGCGGUAAUGCUCAAUGUGUGAUUGCGAGCCACCAGUAAAAAAAACGAAUAAGGAGAAGAAGAAGAAGCGGAGACGCAGCGAGAUUUUUUAGUCUGUGGUGUGAAUGCGUGCGCGCGCUGUAUCCUGGUCAUGUCACUGAAAGAGUUAUGAGGUCUGCUCAGUACCACACAGCAAUUCGUCCCGUCCUGUCCUACAAGUGAAGUUGAUCGAGUUUAUGAAAGAACAGUGAGAACAUGAGUGAUCCAGAACCCAGCAGAAUAAAAUCUGAAGCUACUGAAAAACAAAGAGACCCGGUGAAAGAGAAUGAAGAGAGUGAACAACUGUACACAAGUGAAGUAGAGGAGAAACAUCAUGUCAAAAGCAGAGAAAGUAAUUUUUUACAGAAAAGAAGAGCCAAAAAAUAUUUCACCUGCUCUCUGUGUGGAAAGAGUUUCUCAUGCAAACAAAGUCUUAAAUUUCACCUGAGAGUUCAUACUGGAGAGAAGCCGCACACAUGUGAUCAAUGUGGGAUGAGUUUUGCACGAAAAGAAACCCUUGUUACUCACAUGAAAAUCCACACUGGAGAGAAACCGUACGCAUGCGAUCAGUGCGGGAGGAGAUUUGCGCAGGCAAGAACUUUUAAAUUACAUCUGCGUUCUCAUUCUGGAGAAAGGCCAUAUAACUGUGAUCAGUGUGGAAAAAGCUUUUCUUAUGGAGAUUCCCUGAAGAGCCACCUAAAAGUUCACACAAAGGAGAAGCCUUAUGUGUGUUCUUUGUGUGGAAAGAGUUUUCCACGACUGGGUGCUUUUAAAUUACACCAGAAAAGGCACAGCGGUGUGAAAGAUCAUAUGUGCUUUGAUUGUGGGAAAACCUUCAUUACAUCUGAUAAACUGAAACGACACCAGAUAAUCCACAGCGGAGAAAAACCUUACAACUGUUCACAAUGUGACAAGAGAUUCAGUCAGUCAGAACAUCUGAAAAGACAUAAGAUGAUCCACACUGGAGAAAAGCCACACAGUGUGGGAAGUGUUUCACAUGUGUAAGUGCUCUUAAAUCACAUCUGCUUUCUCAUUCUGGAAAAAGACCGUUGUAAAAGAGACCCCUGCCUUCUAAUGAAAUCUUCUGAACUUGUUCUGAAAAACAGGACUGAGAUCUUUGUCAACCCACUUUCUAAAUGCCAAAGAGACUAUCUUUAAUAUUAAAGACAUUCUAAGACUACUUUAGUUUCAUUUCAGUUAAGACUCUUGUGGGUUAGUUCAGUUACAGCCAGUUCAAUUGAGCACUGGACAAUUCAAAUAUUGAUUUUGUUAAAUUUCCUAUGAAUUCAAAUGUUAAUAUCCUUUGAGCUUCCCUUUAACUGUGUGAUCAGUGAUGCAAUAAAAAGAUUCCACUUAUA